CUAAUCCGCUUCAGUCCGCAGCGCGUGCAGAUGGUGCAGAUCAGGUUCUGCAGAGAUGGCGGGACGGGACCGAGUCGUUCACCUGCUCACACAGCUCGCGAGCGCGGCGUGCAGAUGUCCCGCCCACUCCAACACCUUCCACCAAGGUGUCGGAGCUGCAACCUGCACCGUCAGGAAGACCGACUACGCCUUCGAGAUGGCGAGCUCCAACAUCAGAUACGGAGACGGAGUCACCGCGGAGAUCGGCAUGGACCUGCAGAACCUCGGGGCGAGGAAGGUCUGUGUGAUGACAGACAGGAACCUGUCUCGCCUACCGCCGGUGGCGUCCGUCCUGGAGUCUCUGUCCCGGAGCGGAGUCACGUACAAAGUGUACGACAACGUCCGCGUGGAGCCCACCGAUACCAGUUUUAAGAGGCCAUCCUCUUUCGCCGCAGCUGCCUUUGAUGCCGUGGCUGGUGGCGGGUCUGUGAUGGACACUGUAUGCGCCAACCUGUACGCCAGUCGGCCCGACGCCGGCUUCUCGGUUUCAACGCCGCGCCGGGGAGGGCGCCCGUCCACGGGCGGCCGCUAGCCGCUCAUCGCAGUUCCUACGACCGCCGGCACCGGCAGCGAGACCACCGGAGUCGCCAUCUUUGACUACGAGCCUAUGAAAGCUAAAACAGGUAUAGUAUCGCCAUCCGUAACUCAACCACGCGGCACCGUGGACCCGCGGCACACACUGAGCAUGCCCGAGAGAGUCGCCGCCAACAGCGGCUUCGACGUGCUCUGUCAUGCUCUGGAGUCCUACACAGCCCUGCCGUACCACCAGCGGACCCCUUGCCCCCCCAACCCCCUGCAGCGCCCCGCCUACCAGGGCAGCAACCCCAUCAGCGACGUCUGGUCCCGCCACGCCCUCGCCAUGGUCGCCAAAUACCUCAAACGGUGUCACGGGAUGUCUUAUCGAUCGCGAUGCGUAGAGACUCCACGAGGGCAACAAGCGCUGGCGGCCCCUCUAGUGGUGAGUGGGGGGAACUACAGCGUGGAGCACCCUCUAGUGGUGAGUGGGGGGAACUAUAGCGUGGAGCACCCUCUAGUGGUGAGUGGGGGGGAACUACAGCGUGGAGCACCCUCUAGUGGUGAGUGGGGGGAACUACAGCGUGGAGCACCCUCUAGUGGUGAGUGGGGGAACUAUAGCGUGGAGCACCCUCUAGUGGUGAGUGGGGGGAACUACAGCGUGGAGCACCCUCUAGUGGUGAGUGGGGGGAACUACAGCGUGGAGCUCCCUCUAGUGGUGAGUGGGGGGAACUACAGCGUGGAGCACCCUCUAGUGGUGAGUGGGGGGAACUACAGCGUGGAGCUCCCUCUAGUGACUCUGUGUGUGUUGCGUUCAGGUGCAGACACGCGGCAGGUAAAGCGGGCUGAUGCGGGCCUCCUGCUGGCCGAUGUGCUGCGUGAGCUCCUGUUCUCGCUGCAGGUGGAGGACGGGCUGGUUGCCGUCGGCUACGGGACGGAGGACAUCCCGGCGCUCGUCAGAGGAACCGUCCCGCAGGAGCGAGUGACCAAACUGUCUCCCAGAGAACACACAGAAGAGGAUCUGAGCCGACUGUUCGAAGCCUCCAUGAAACUUUACUGAACUCUUAGUAAGGGGGCCUAGGUGGUUUUCAAGCCCCCCAAAUUAGACACACAGGCCCCCCCUACUCUAUCUCUCUGACCCUUAAACCAGAUAUAUAUCAGCGUGUGAACUGAUCUCUGGUCUGUGUGAAGCUGCAGUUCCUCUCCCAGCCACUACAUGGCGCUGUUUCUCAGCCUCUUCCUUUUAUUAAAAAUGUAAGCACUAAAAUAAAAUGCACAUUAACAAUG